CGUAAAGUAAAAGCUACCCCAAGCUCCUGAUUUCGGUUCUGUCUGUAUUUCUGUCCUUUAUUGGCUCUGGUUGUUUCGUCUCAAGCUUGAGACUUUUCUUGCCACGUUCUUUGUCAACUGCUUCCUUGCUUGCGACCUGUACAUACUAGUUCUUGUCCUGUCUUGCACUGUGAAUUCUAGCGUCUUUUCGAGUCAUUUGCUCUCACUCUACUGGCUAGUCCCACCUAGAAAUGAAAACACCAAGUCAAUGAUUCGAGAUCCGUUCAACAUCCACCGAACCACAAGCACCUUUGGACGCCCGCAAUCUCGAAACAUUCCUGCGCCGUCGCAGGCCGAGGCCGAUGAAGUAGCUAUGGCCUUCUCUAUGCCCCGAACCGUUCCGUCCUUUGAUAGUCGUCAACGAGAGCUUGAGGAUCGAUUCUGGGGUUCUGGCCAGAGAUCCAACAAGUCGGAUCGACUCCCAAUGUACAAAGACAAACCUUAUGCGUCGCCUUACGACGAUGAAUACAGACCCUUUUGGAAGCGCAAGAAGUGGAUGGCUAUUAUUGCCUUCGUUGUUUUGACAUUAAUAUAUUGGACUGGAUCCUCGAAGAAACCCUCGCCGAAGCGAACUGUAACAACCGAUUGGAGCUACACAGGCUUGUCCAAGGAUGAUAGAAAGGCGAACUGGGAUCACAGGAGAGAUCGUGUGGUCGAGGCAUUCGAGCUGAGCUGGGAUGCCUACAAGCGAUAUGCCUGGGGUACGUUCGGCCGAAUAUCUGGACGGGCGAUUCAAAUUGGCUGACCGAAGAACUCGACAGGAUUCGAUGAAUACCACCCAAUUAGCAAGACAGGUGAAAAUAUGGCACCAAAGGGACUCGGCUGGAUCAUAAUCGACUCUUUGGAUACUAUGAUUCUCAUGAACCUUACAUCUCGUGUCCAAGACGCUCGUCAUUGGAUCUCGGACUCCUUGACAUGGGAUCAGGAUCAGGAUGUCAACACCUUCGAGACGACAAUUCGAAUGCUGGGUGGGCUUCUAAGUGCACACUACUUAUCCACCGAGUUUCCGGGGCUUGCGCCACUGGCCGAGGAUGACGAGGGGGCAGCCGGCGAAGAUUUGUAUCUUGAGAAAGCUAAAGACCUGGCUGAUCGUCUCAUGAGCGCAUUUGACUCCCCAUCUGGCAUCCCAUAUGCGAGUGUCAACCUUGCUAAGUUCGAGGGCAUCCCCUCACACGCAGACAUGGGAGCGUCGUCGACGGCGGAGGCCACAACUCUCCAGCUUGAAUUCAAGUACCUCGCAAAGCUCACAGGAGAAAAAGACUUUUGGGACCGUGUGGAAAAUGUCAUGAAACUUGUCGACAAUCAGGGAGCUCAAGAUGGCUUGGUCCCCAUCUUUAUCUAUGCAACCUCGGGCGAGUUCAGGGGUGAAAACAUUCGUCUGGGAAGCCGCGGCGACUCAUACUAUGAGUAUCUUAUCAAGCAAUAUCUUCAGACGAAUAAGCAGGAGCCUAUUUAUCAAGAUAUGUGGUACGAGGCGCUUCAAGGCGUUCGCAAACACCUCGUCACAUAUACUUCGAACUCGAAGUUCACCAUCAUCGGAGAGCGACCGAAUGGAUUAGAGAUGCCACUUAGCCCGAAGAUGGACCACCUUGUGUGCUUCAUGCCCGGUACAAUAGCUUUAGCGGCCACAGAAGGCCUUACUGAGGCUCAGGCACGCAAACUGCCGACGUGGUCGAAGAAGAACGAGGAGGAUAUGCAGCUGGCGCGAGAAGUCAUGGAGACAUGCUGGAGAAUGUACAAGUACAUGGCAACAGGGCUAUCGGCCGAAAUCACCUACUUUGAGAUUGACAACCCGCCAACGGCUUACGGUAAUCCUCGAAAUGGUCCAGUUAAUUUCGACACAAGUCCGGACGCGGAGUGGCGCAAGGACUUUACUGUCAAAUCUGGCGAUGUUCACAAUCUCCAGCGACCCGAGACGGUCGAGAGUCUGUUCUACAUGUGGAGGAUCACCAACGACAACCGAUACCGCGAAUGGGGUUGGGAGAUGUUCAAGUCUUUCAUGAACCACACAGCUGUGAGAAAUGGAGGAGGCUUUACGAGUCUGCGCAAUGCCAAUGUUGUCCCGCCUAAAGUGCGGGACAACAUGGAGAGCUUCUGGCUGGCUGAAACACUCAAAUACUUUUACCUCCUGUUCUCACCUCCUGAUCUCCUACCUCUGGACAAAGUCGUUAUCAACACCGAAGGACACCCACUGCCUCGCUUUGACAUGGGACAGUUAUUCUCUACAGGAUGGAAGAGAAAGCCAAGAGACGCCAAUGGUAAGAUCAUCGCUACGGCCGUCAAGGUAGAGAGUAAAGAGAAGGAGGCCGUUAUGCAGGACGCCAAGAAGGUGAAUUAGAGCAGCUGAUACCGUGGGUGCGGUGAUUGGAUGCCGUGAAUAAGCUUAAGUGAUGCAGGGUGGCGAAGUUGCGUUGAGCGUAUGUAGCAUU